GAUUCACGUGCUUAUAGGCUCAGCACUCUUCCUGGCACCAGUGCUGAAGUUCUUGCUGCGGGCCGUGCUGCAGGGCGUGUUCUUCUACAUGGGAAUUGCGAGCCUGACCGGCAACAACCUCUUCGAUCGGCUGAAGUUGUGGCUUAUCUGGGACCCGGCCAAGUACCCGCAGUACCACUACGUCCAGAAGCUGCCCAUCAGUCGAGUGCACCUGUACACCGUCGUCCAGGUCGUCUGUCUUGGCAUUCUGUAUGGGUUGAAAGCUAUUAAGGAAACAUCCGUGGUGUUCUCGUUCUUCAUGGCGUCGCUAGCCAUCAUCCGCAAGGCCAUGAGGUUCAUGUUCACCGAGGACGAACUGAAGCAGCUGGACGGACUCCCCGGUGAGGACGAGGAGGAGGAUGCCGCCAUGUCGAAGCCGGACAUCGUGAAUCUGGAUGCGAAAGAGGCCGCCUAG